GAUUUGGAGUGUAGGUUUGGGAGUCUCCCACAGAUGUCCUCUCUAGUUAAAAGAAUUGACUGGAAAACUGCAAUCAAAAACUACUUUUAGGUCGAUUUGAGAAAACACGUAUUAAAAGUGAGUAAAGUCCAGGGGAUGAUCAUGAUGCAGAGAACAAAUUGCUGGAUAAAGGUGCAGUUAAAUCAUGCUUAAUCAUACUUCAUAGUUUAUUAUUGAAGAUUCCGUCACAUACAAGCACCAUUUGGAGUUGGGGCCGGCAUUUCGCUUUAUCUUUUCUGAAAGAUGUGGAAUUGAAUUUCUUUUUCAACUUUCUCUGUUCCUCAAGGCUGUAGGGUGGAUGCUAUGAACUAAUGGUAUUUGCUCCAUCACGGCCUGGUUAAAUCAUGUAUGAUCAUACUUGAAAGUGUAUUGAUGAGGAUUACGUCAAAUAUAAUCAUCAUGUGAGGUUGGCAUUUUGCUUUAACCUUCCUUCUCGGAAAGACCUGAAAUUGAGCGGACUUUUUAUCUCUUUUCUCAGUUGGUUCAGCUGGCAGUUUGGCACCUGCUCCUUUUGCCAAUGAAUGGCCAAAGUCAAAUUAAAGGAGCGGGGUCUUGAAAUUGAAGUGCGUUGAUGUGUGAUGUAACUCUGGUGGCAGGAUCGUGGCCACGUUCAUCACAUUCAUAAUCCUUCGUACAUACCGUGACAGAGAGUGCACAAAAGCUUCUGAUGUUGUUCUACUUCUACGCCGUAAAAGUUUCUCUCCCAGGAGAUAGUACACUUUGUUAUUGGUAAUUAAUAAUUUGUUGCAUCUAAAUGCAUGCGUAUUGAGUAGGCAUCUGGAAAAAGACAAACUAUUGGAACAAGUGGGCGUAUUUACUAUUUAGCAGUUCCGAGGUACUAUAACAGAGUCCGCGCGCAGGGUACACCAAAACGCAUGUGGAGGUUUUGAAGUGCGCCAAGCUCACCGCCAAGCUGUGUCAUAAAUGUGAAAGCUUUGUCUUGUGCCUAAUCAAUACUUGCUUCCUUACUUCUCAAGAACCUAUUUUAACUCUCUCUCCCUCCGUCUUUAUGUUUCCUUGUUCGUGGGUGCGCGAGAGCGUGUGUGGCUGAACUAACGCACUGUAGAAUAAGCAAGUGAUAGAAGCAAGCUUGGUGCUUUGCAACUUGCAAAGCCGAAAGGAGCGUACUUUAUAUGCUAUUUCGGUUACUCUGGUGAUUCCGGACUGUGGGCCUGAUUUAACUCCACAAAAUGAGUUCUGAGGAAAAGGCUGUGAGUGAAGGACAUCACGCUGCUUCGUGCUUAAGAACGGUUUCUCUUCCAGUUCCCAAGCUUGAAACUUUUUUCAAGUCGAUUUUUGCGGCUCAAACCCUUUUUAAAGGACAUUCUGUGUGUGUGUUGAAAAUCAAGUGGAUGAUGAACCAGUGGGAAUGACUGGGGAAUCAACACGUGCUCGUCAUUGGAAGCGGCAAAAUCUUCUCCUAGAAAUACCCCCAAGAACAUCAGAAGAGCAUUCUCAAGAAUUUGUUGCAAUUAAGAUGCCAAUAACUCCAAGUCCCACUCCCACUCCCAAGAGAGUGAAUUUUCUUGUGACUUCACUUUCUGUUGACGCCCCAACUUAUAAUUCUCCUGGGCCCUCUGCAUCAAGAGGCAAAACAUCCAUUAAAAGUAUCUUACCAAAGUUGAACUUCAAGCAUAAGACAUCAUCAGAUAUUGAAAAGGCUUUUACUGCAGCUCCAGAAAGUUCCUCUCCAGCCCCUCGAGAAAAGCUUUCAAUUGCUAGAUCAUUGUCCCUUACUAAGAUAUUUACACCUAAAAUUAAGAGAACGUCAUCAUUACCAGUGGAUGAACUUCAUUCAAACCCAGAAUCUGUUCAUGCUGAAAGUGUUGGCAGAUCUCUAUAUGGAACAGAGGCGCAGGGGCAGAUAGCCCGUUCACAGUCGGUGCCUGUCACUGGUCUAGACAAGGGCAUAAGGAGAAUGGAUUCAUUUUUCCGUGUUAUUCCCUCCACUCCGCAUGUAAAGGGAAAAAAAGAAUUGUUGGCCACAUCCCCAUCAAAGGAUACUGCCUUUCUUGGUUCAGAGAACGACGACGACGACAACGGCGAUGGCGAUGAUGAUGAUGAAGGUGAAGAUAUAGCUGAAGAAGAUGCAGUGUGUAGGAUUUGUUUGGUUGAUCUGUGUGAAGGAGGUGAAACCUUCAAGAUGGAAUGCAGCUGCAAAGGUGAACUUGCUCUGGCACACCAAGAAUGUGCCAUUAAAUGGUUUAGUAUCAAGGGUAACAAGACCUGUGAUGUGUGCAAGGAGGAGGUUCGGAACCUACCUGUCACACUUUUAAGGAUCCAAAAUGUUGUAACUCAGAACACGGGAGCUAACAGGUCUCAGCUGUCAGAUGCAAGUGCAUACAGGGUUUGGCAGGAAGUUCCUGUUCUUGUCAUUGUGAGCAUGUUAGCCUAUUUCUGUUUCCUUGAGCAGCUAUUGCAGGUCGGAAAAAUGGGUACCGGUGCAAUUGCCAUUUCUCUUCCAUUCUCAUGUGUACUGGGCCUGCUCUCCUCCAUGACUUCAUCGACCAUGGUGCAUGGCAGGUUCAUCUGGUUUUAUGCGUCUGCCCAAUUUGCUCUGGUGGUUCUCUUCGCACAUAUAUUUUACUCAUUGGUUCACGUGCAGGCAGUUCUGGCAAUCCUUCUUGCAACAUUUGCCGGGUUUGGUGUAGUGAUGAGCGGGAGCUCUGUUCUUGUUGAAAUUACUCGAUGGAGAAGGAGAUGGCUGGCACCUCACGGUGCAAUGCAAGCACAUUCAGGCCCUCCCAGCGGCAGUCAAACAGUGGCACUAAAUCAACAAAACUCGAUUUAGAGCUGAAUUUCCGUCUUUUUGGCUUCUUUGGUACGCAUGCUGUAUAGGAGAAUUAAAAUCUGGAGUGUCACUCACUGUACAGCUCAUAUUGUAAUAAUAGAUAGAUUGGCCUAUAUUAUAGAAUUUGUGGUUUUUAGUAGCAUUUGCUAAGCCAGGGGGCUUGUGGCCCUCUGUUUCUGUAACGUCUGCUGAGAGAUGAGGAUUAAGGGAAUCAACUUUUGAAGUGCUGUUGGGGAUUAUUGACAAGCACGGAUCUUUUCA